AUGCCUAUUGUUGAGACAAAAGUUCACCGCAAAACACUAGAUCCAACUUUUAAUGAGCACUUCACCUUUAAGGUUCCAUAUGCAGAGCUCGGAGGAAAGACGCUGGUCAUGACAGUGUAUGACUUUGACCGGUUCUCCAAACAUGAUGCUAUUGGGGAUGCGAGGGUGCAGAUGAAUAAGGUGGACUUCAGUCAUCUUACAGAGGAGUGGAGAGAUCUGCAGAAAGCUGAGAAAGAGGAGCAUGAGCGGUUAGGUGAUGUUUGCUUGUCUCUGCGCUACGUACCCACUGCUGGAAAGCUGACUGUUGUCGUUCUGGAGGCCAAAAACCUCAAAAAAAUGGAUGUGGGUGGUCUCUCGGACCCAUAUGUAAAAAUCCACCUGAUGCAGAACGGCAAAAGGCUGAAGAAAAAGAAAACCACAACUAAGAAGAACACACUGAACCCAUAUUACAACGAAUCAUUUAGCUUUGAAGUGCCAUCUGAGCAGAUUCAGAAAGUGCAGGUUGUGGUGACAGUCCUGGACUAUGACAAAAUUGGAAAGAAUGAUGCCAUUGGAAAGGUGCUCAUUGGACUGAACAGCACAGGAACAGAGCAACGCCAUUGGUCAGAUAUGUUAGCCAAUCCAAGACGACCCAUCGCCCAAUGGCACGCCCUUAAACCUGAAGAGGACGUGGAUGCUGAACUGACAAAGAAAUGAAGCUGUGUGGUUUUUGUGUGAGCAUUUGUAUACGGAAAUAUUCAGCGGUUUGCUUUCAUUUGUGAAGUUUGUGUGUAUAUGUAUGCAUGUCUGUGUAUGUGGGGAAAGUCUGAGGUAGAUCUGGUAAAAUCUCAUCUAUUUCAGCCACAUUAAUAACCAGAACCACACUCAUUUUCAGUAUCUUGUGUGCAACAUGUACAAAGACACAUUAAAUGAUGUAUUAAAGGAGAAACAGCAUUCACAAUGCAACAUCUGUAAUAAUACCAUAUUCCUGAGUAAAACAGAAUAUUCAUGAGGAAAUAAUGAAA